AUGGAGCUGGAGCGGCCGGCGCCCGCGGAGGUGCGCAUGAGCCAGGCCAUCCAGCCUGCGCACGCCAACCCCCGCGGUGAGCUGAGCGCAGCGCAGCUGCUCAAGUGGAUCGACACCACAGCCUGCCUGGCGGCUGAAAAACAUGCUGGCGUUUCCUGUGUCACAGCCUCAGUGGAUGACAUACAGUUUGAAGCAACAGCUAGAGUUGGACAAGUUAUAACCAUCAAAGCAAAAGUUAGUAGAGCAUUCAGCACAAGCAUGGAGAUCAGCAUCAAGGUUACAGUAGAAGACAUGCUCACUGGCACUGAGAAACUUGUUAGUGUGGCUUUCUCUACCUUUGUAGCCAAACCAAUUGGAAAAGAAAAGAUUCAAUUAAAACCAGUCACACUUCUAACUGAACAAGAUCAUGUGGAACACAAUCUGGCAUCUGAGAGAAGGAAAGUUCGAUUACAACAUGAAGAUACCUUUAAAAACUUGAUGAAGGAAGGUGGCAAGUUUGACAAUCCCGUUUGUGAUGAUGAGGAAGGAACUGUUUCCACAAGGGGCACUUCUGUUCAGAGCAUUGAACUUGUCCUCCCACCCCAUGCAAACCAUCAUGGAAAUACAUUUGGUGGCCAGAUUAUGGCUUGGAUGGAGGCGGUGGCUACUAUUUCUGCAAGCCGCCUGUGUCGAGCGCAUCCUGUUCUGAAGUCCGUGGACAUGUUUAAGUUCCGGGGACCAUCUACAGUUGGAGACCGUCUUGUCUUCAACGCCAUUGUCAACAACACAUUUCAGACCUGUGUUGAAGUUGGAGUGCGUGUGGAGGCCUUUGACUGCCAGGAGUGGUCUGAGAGCCGGGGCCGUCACAUCAACAGUGCUUUUCUCAUUUAUAAUGCUGUCGAUGAUAAGGAAGAACUGAUCACAUUUCCCAAAAUCAAACCCAUGUCAAAGGAUGAUUUUCGACGGUAUCGUGGAGCUCUCGCACGCAAGAGAAUUCGCCUAGGCAGAAAAUAUGUCAUUUCCCACAAAGAAGAAGUUCCACUUUGCAUACACUGGGAUAUUGGCAACCAGGUAUCCUUGAGUAAUGGCAAUGUGGAGGCUCUCAAAAGCCUGGCAGCCAAAAGUGGAUGGGAGGUUACCAGCGCUGUGGAAGACGUAGGAGGCAUUCAGAUAAAAAUAUAUACUCUGGAAGAACAUGAUAUUUUAUCUGUUUGGGUUGAAAAGCAUGUGAAAAGACCGGCACACUUGGCUUAUCAUCUCUUGUCCAACUUUACCAAGCGACCUUUGUGGGACCCCCACUGCACGUCCUGUGAAGUCAUAGACUGUGUAAGUGAAGAUGAUCAGAUAUAUUAUAUCACUUGUUCUGUGGUGAAUAAUGACAAACCCAAAGACUUGGUAGUACUUGUUUCACGAAGAAGGCCACUCGAAGAUGGUCACACUUACGUGGUGGCAGUGAGGUCGGUUAUUCUGCCGUCACUCCCACCUUCUCCACAGUAUGUCAGAAGUGAAAUCACAUGUGCCGGAUUUCUCAUCCAUGCUUCUGAUAGCAGUUCAUGUACGGUAUCUUACUUUAACCAGAUUUCUGCUAGCAUCCUUCCUUACUUUGCUGGAAACCUUGGUGGCUGGUCAAAAUCCAUUGAAGAGACAGCAGCCUCCUGUAUACAGUUCAUAGAGAGCGCUAAUGAUGAUGGGUUGAUAAGCAUACUUUAAAUUAUCUGUCAUUUUAUUUCCCACUUGCAAUUCCAAACUCCCUUAGUCCUGACACUAGACAAGCUUCUCAGUCACAAAUAAUUUCGUAUCAGUCUAAGAAAAAUGCAGUUGCGAAGAGGUUAAAAAACAAAAGGCAUCCUAAGUCAAAUAUCAGUGAUUUGGGUUAACAUUAAAAGAGCUUUAAGACUCUGUUUUAGAUCAUCUGUGGCUCUGCUACCUUCCAGGGGCACAGGCAGUGGAAAAUUUCUCAUAAUCAAUAUUGUGUGUUCUAUAAAAUGGUGAAAGUUUGGUUAAAAUAAUCAAAACAUUUUUAGGCAAGAGAAGUGAAACAUAUUCUGUUUGAAAUUUUAUAAAAUUUUAUAAAAUCAGAAAUAAUACGUUGGCUAGGUGAUUAAUAGUAUGGGGUUGUUCCAUGGAUAGCAGGUAUCAGUGUUGACAGGAGCACCUGACAAGAUGUAUUACAUGUUUUAGAGCUUUAAAUUAGGAAGACAUUAAAACAUAAUGGAAUCCAAUCAAUUUUAGUAAUAGGAACUACUUUCCUGGUGUCAUUUAACAUAUAUCAAGGUAGCUGACCCAUUUAGUAUCUAUUGCUAUAUACACUCACAAAGUACCUGCAAAAUGUGAUAUUGUAGAGAAAGAAUGAACUGAGGUCUUCUUUCAUAAUCACUACAUUAGAACUUUAUUCCCCAGACUUUACAUUUAUUAUUUUACUCUGUGAUUUGUCUUGACUCAUAAGACAAACCAGCAUACAUCAAGUUAACAUCCUCUACGGGACAACUUCUAAAAUUUGAAGGACUUCUCCAUUAGAGUUUAGAGCACUUAAGAGAUUAGAUACAUCUUGCUUUAGUUUGUCAAAUCUUUACCUCUGUCCAGACCUGGUUGUGAUUAUUUUUAUUAAUCUGUGCCAACAGGUUAUCAUUUUUAUGAAUUUUGGACUAUGUCCCAAUCUUAUGAAUUAACAUUUAAAUACAAUAAGAAGAAUGGACAGGCAGAUUUAAAUGCUUAUACAUUACAUUCCAAAAGCAGAUUUUUAAGAAUAUUUUUAGAUUUUAAAAAAGGUUAAAAAAUGAGAAGUAAAGACAGUUACAGUACACUAAAGUUUUGUAUGCUAAAAUUUCAGCCCUCUUCUACAACUGAAAUGCUUUUAACUUUUGUCUUUCGUACAUCUCUGAAUUUGUAUUUUUUUUUUGAAACUUUUUUCUGAAUGAAAGAAUAGAGUAACUGUGGCUGGAUUUUUAGACACAAAGAUGUUGCCCACUCUAAACUUAUAACACAGGCAUAGUCCAUACCAGCGCUGUCCAAUAUGGUAGCCACUAACCACAUGAGACCAUUUAAUUAAAUUUUAAAAUAAAAUUUAAACAUCAGCUACACUAGCCUCAUUUUAAUAUUAUUAGUCACAUGACAUUAUCAGGUCAUCAUGGCCUAAUCUGAACUGCUCACUUUCAGACUACUGGACUAAAGAUUCUUUAAAAGGAAAUGACACUGGAAAA